CCCACUCCUCUGUCACUUCCUGAUUCCCGCUUCCUGCUUCCCAGAGGCUGGGAUCCGGAGCCGCCCGAGGUCGCCGCCGCAGUCCCCGGCGCCCCUGGCGAGCGGAGAGCGGUGAGCGACAUGUCCUUCCGAAAAGUGGUGCGGCAGAGCAAAUUCCGGCAUGUAUUCGGUCAGCCGGUCAAGAAUGACCAGUGCUACGAGGACAUCCGAGUAUCCCGGGUUACCUGGGACAGUACCUUCUGUGCAGUCAAUCCCAAGUUCCUGGCAGUGAUUGUGGAAGCCAGCGGCGGGGGUGCCUUUAUGGUGCUCCCUCUGAACAAGACGGGCCGCAUUGACAAGGCCUACCCAACAGUGUGUGGGCACACGGGACCUGUUCUGGACAUUGACUGGUGUCCCCACAACGACGAAGUCAUUGCCAGUGGAUCAGAGGACUGCACUGUCAUGGUAUGGCAGAUUCCAGAGAAUGGGCUGACCUCCCCUCUGACAGAGCCAGUAGUGGUACUUGAGGGGCAUACCAAGCGUGUGGGCAUCAUCACCUGGCACCCCACAGCCCGAAAUGUGCUUCUCAGUGCAGGUUGUGACAAUGUGGUGCUUAUCUGGAACGUGGGCACUGCAGAGGAGCUGUACCGUCUGGACAGCUUGCACCCCGACCUCAUCUACAACGUGAGCUGGAACCACAAUGGCAGCCUCUUCUGCUCAGCUUGCAAGGACAAGAGCGUCCGCAUCAUCGACCCCCGGCGGGGCACCCUGGUGGCAGAGCGGGAGAAGGCUCAUGAGGGGGCCCGGCCCAUGCGGGCCAUCUUUCUGGCCGACGGCAAGGUGUUCACCACCGGUUUCAGCCGCAUGAGUGAGCGGCAACUGGCACUCUGGGACCCAGAAAACCUUGAGGAGCCCAUGGCCCUGCAGGAGCUGGAUUCAAGCAAUGGGGCCCUAUUGCCCUUCUAUGACCCAGACACCAGCGUAGUCUAUGUCUGUGGCAAGGGUGACUCCAGCAUCCGGUACUUUGAGAUCACAGAUGAGCCCCCCUACAUCCACUUCCUGAAUACGUUUACCAGCAAAGAACCCCAGAGGGGUAUGGGUAGCAUGCCUAAGAGGGGCUUGGAGGUCAGCAAGUGUGAAAUUGCCCGGUUCUACAAACUGCAUGAGCGCAAGUGUGAGCCCAUAGUCAUGACUGUGCCAAGAAAGUCCGACCUUUUCCAGGAUGAUCUGUACCCUGACACAGCUGGACCUGAGGCUGCUCUUGAGGCAGAGGAUUGGGUGAGCGGGCAGGAUGCCGAUCCAAUCCUCAUCUCACUACGGGAAGCCUAUGUGCCCAGUAAACAACGGGACCUGAAGGUCAGCCGGCGCAACGUGCUGUCAGACAGCAGGCCUGCCAGUUCCAGCCGCCCAGGAGCCUCCACAGCUGCUGCAAUUGCUGAUGUCCCCAGUGGCACCCUUGCUGGGGCUGGUGAAGCUGGGAAGCUGGAAGAGGUGAUGCAGGAGCUUCGGGCACUUCGGGUGCUGGUCAAGGAACAGGGGGAGCGUAUCAGCCUCCUGGAGGAGCAGCUGGGCCGAAUGGAGAAUGGGGAUACAUAGGACCACCAUGGACCUACUCCCGAUAUUGCCGCCGCCUCC